AUGGAAGAGAAAAGACUAUUUGGUGCUUUAACUGUGUAUCGGGAGAGAGGAGCAUAUUUAAGGAGACUGGAGCAAUUUGAAAAAGCAAAAGCUUCAUACGAUGAAGCAUUUAGAAACGUCCCUGAAGAUAUACGGACUCUCAUUGGACGCAGUCAGGUAUGUUCUGAUGCUGUCCAACCGAUUCAAGCAUACUCGGACGCCCAAAUGGCUCUAAAGCUAGAGCCAAGUAACAUGAACGCCCGGAGUAUGCAAGCUCGAGCUUUGUACACCAUGUCUAACUUCGAAAGGUCAGUUGUAAUGAACUGCCGUGGAGCCAGGGUGCGACGUCAACCGCCUUAUUUUGUGGAAGGCAUAAUCCAAGGAAUAGAAACUAUACAGGAUUGCAUAGGAGUCAACGCCGGGAACGUGAUGCUUGAUUUUUUACCUUUAAUUAAAAAAUCAGAGGUAACACUAGCUGACGAAAAUGAGCCGAAGAAAACACUACAUGUAUCUCGAAUUCCUCGACCGGAAAAGAAAAAAAACUUAACUCAAAUGCAGGUUCGAAAGCAUGCAAUUUUAGCCCGCGUUCUCGCUAUGAAAUACUUGGGUCCAAUGGCAAAUGAUAAGUUUUUUCUUCAGAAACUAACAGAAGACCAAAGACUAAUGUCGGCCAAUUCAGGUGGUAGUAUUGAAUUGAAGAAAAUUGUAAGCGAAACAUUAUGUUCAUUAACCGAAAGACAGGAAAUGUUGCGUGCACAGAGACCAUAUUACUCAGUAAAAUUGGCCGAAAAAACUGAAUCCAAAUAUCAAAAUAAAUAUAAGGUAAACGUUCUUAUUAAAGAACGUGAAAUAGGCGCACAGACCGUUGAAAGGUCAUUGAGACAAAUUGAGAAAAGCUUGAAAGCGAAACGCGUAAUGGAUGUGAUGAUUUACGCAGAGCGCUUGCAAAUAUUCCUCGAUCUGAAGACACCGCGUACGUUACCCGACAAAGAUGUUUACAUUGAUCGCCUGUAUAGGGCGGUUGGCGAGGCUUACUUAUGUCAGCACCGAGUCUCUUACACUCUGAGCGAAAGAAGCAAUAGACGAAGAAUUGCUUUCCUAAUGGGACUCCCAGUCGGCCGGCCGAAGUCCUACGACUCAGUCCUAGGUAAUUAUCCUUAUAAGUUUAUUGAUAUAAAAAAAGCUACGAGUAAAGUUUCGGCCACUUUAGAAUUGUGCGAAAACUCUACAAUGAGAUGUUGGUUGAUGUACGAAUUGGCUAGACUGUUGACGACUCAAAAGAAUUACGCACUCGCCAAGUAUUACGCCAAGAGAUGUCAACGGGAGGCGCAAACCAUAUCGAAUGUGACAUGGUGGUUGAACGGACUGUUCGUAUUGAUGAGCGGCGAUAUGCAGCAGAGUAAUGCUAACGAAGUACGGGCACAAGUCGAGGAGGCCUACGAAUACUCCAAAAAACUACAAGAUCCUGAAGAGGUGCAGGCCUUCCUCAGCAAAUGCGCCGAGAUGAUGGCAGACCAGGUUGCCACAGACGAGCAAAAAAUCAUCGAGCAACGGGAAAAACAAAUAUUGGACAUCAUGGAGCCUGCGAAGCGCGUCGAGACUCAAGUGCUAUUCAAGAGAAUUUCAGUAUUGCCACGAGGACGUAGAUUCCCAGUGCUACCUCAGGGAGUCGACUUCGCAAGUCAGAAGACAGAGAGGCGGCGGCGGCGCCAGCCCGGCCUCACCGUCAUUCCUGGCCCGCCACGCGCGCUGCCGCCGCCGCCCAAAUCCGAUACAGUAGGUUUUCAAGAAUUUGAUAUUUAA